AUGGAUCUCAGGGUCAUGCUGAACGACAAUGGGCCUGCUGCCUCGACACCCAGCAAGCCGCCACAACCACCAACACUGCAGCCAGCACCGCAGCACCACCAGCAACAGCACCACCAUCAGCAGCAGAUGCAUCCACAGCCGACGCUGCCAUCGACGCCGAUCCAAACAAACCCCCACCAGUCGUUCCGUGACUACGGCCAGCAGCCUCAGCCAUCCCCGAGCCGUCACGUAUCGCACGACUACGGCGCCCAACAGCGGGCACCAUCGGGCGCCUUCGCAUCGCCGCCUCCCUAUCCGAGCGCAGGUCCAUAUGGCGCCGGUCGACCACCUCCACCAUCUAUCCAGCCGAUGCCAAUGCCACCAGCCGAGCUCCGGUCGCCGAGCAUGAGCUCCGGGCCCGUCCCGUCCCCGUAUCGGCAGACACCAGGCUCCUCCUCAAUCAGCACGGCGAGCGGCUACCCUUUCCCACCACAGCAAGCCCCCCCCAGCCCUGUGCAACGACACCAGUAUACGCCGACCAGCGCCUACCCCAGAGAAGGCUACGGCCAGCCGACGGGUGUUGCUGGUAUGACAGGGCCGCCUUCUUCGUAUAUGCAAGGAUCGCACGUUCCGCAGACGCCUCCGGUUGGCACUCCGGGCGGGCCACACGCCUAUGUCCAACGAUCGCACUCGGCCCAUUCGACGCCGACACCGACGUCAGCACACAGCCAACCGGCACAAUAUGGCGCGCCUUUUGUGCAAGGCAGUCCCGUGGCAGCCCCCCAUCCGCUUCCGCAGCCGGACCUGCAGCGACAAUCCUCGCUGCCACCCACGCCGGGAGGGGGAGCAGGUGCCGUCCCUCUGUCGGCGCGCCCUGCGCAGGUGUCAACAGGGUACGGCCAGCCGACCAGUCCGUACGGACAACGGCUGCCAGCUCCAAGCUUCCACGGGCACUCGACACCACACACCUCUCCACCACCUCCUCCACCUUCCCUGCCCCGGAACUCGAGCGUCCAAAGUUCAGGCCAGCAUGACCCACACAGUCGAGACUCAGUAGGCCGGGGCCCACCUUCACACGGUGACAGAGACCGGAGCCUUAGCGUCAGUCCCAAAACUCGAGUCCCCAGUUUGCCAAGCAGUUCUGGCCAUCCUCGUUCUGUUUCCGACUUUGAUUCUCGUAUUAUUAAUCCCCCCAUCCAUCCGCCACCACCUACCACCACCAUGGCCCCGAUUGCAGAACAGGAUGCCGCGCGAGACCGCGCCUCGACUCCCGCCAAGCGCAAACUCGCUGAGCGCGAGCUUCGACCCGACGAACUCGAAAACCGCGAUACGCGACCGCCUCCGCUGCGAGACUCCAGCGGCCGCCCUGCACUCGUCGAUGCCGGCGCCGUUCCCUUGAAUGCGCGACGAGCCAUGGUUGCGCCCGAGAAAAAGAGGAGAAAAGUGUACACACAACCGCCCGUCUGGGCGCAGUCCCAGGACGGCCGUCCACUGCACAAGGCCAACAGCAUCUUAUUCCACCCCGUCCCCUUCUCCGGCUCGGUAUCUCAUCAGACCAACGGCACCAAGACCGAGCCCCAGCCCAGCCGGCAAACAUCCCCCGAAGAAAAACGUUCCAUCGCCGCUCCCCGAGACCACCAGUCGGCACCACUACCACCACCCGGGCCCCCGCAGCCGGAUGCUGCCGUGAUAGCGUCGGGGCUAGGACCAUGGGAACCCAGCAUCGUCAACACUGCUCUUCCCUACGACUCUUGCACCAAACACAUUGCCGAUUGGCUAACUCAUUUUGUCCUCGGCUCACCAGACAUCCAAGAGAUGGAGGCCAGGGGUGUCAAGUUUGAGAUUGAGGCGAAACUGGGCACAAUAAUAGACAAGGAUACUUCGGAACGUCUUCGCCUACCAAUAUACACCGAGUGCGUGCUGGAAGAGGGGGAAUGGGUCAAGUUUCAAAGUAGCAUGUCCGAGUCUGAACACCGCUCCUUCAACGACUUCCUGAACGAGAUGGUCAAAGAGACCCACGUGAACCGCAUGCGCGUCCCGAUCGAAUAUCUACACCGCCGCGAAAUCGACCGAUUCGUCGAGCUACCUCCCGAGAUCCGGGACAGGCACCUGCCCAAGUGCGUGACGAGGCUUUCUGGCCGAAAGCCACCACGGGUGAGGAUCACGUACGAAAAGAAGACGAAUCAGGUCUUAGCUCGUAUAGUGAAGGCUCGGGUUGCGGACACCAAUAUCCACUUCCCGCGAUCACCGCUAGAUUGUCGCAUUAGUAUUAAUCUGGAGUGGACGUGGGAUGGGCCACCGCAGGUUCUGGAUCAGCUGGUGAAGGAGCAGGGCGGGGGGAGUUAUCAGAGGGAUAAGGACCGGUUGUGUUAUAAGCACCGGUUUUAUCAGGUGGAUUUGACGCAAGUUAUAUCACAGAACAAGGAGCAUGAGUUGGAGGUUGAACUGGAUCCGGCCGCGCUGUUUGAUCAGGGGAGGAGGGCGAUGGAUCAGCAGCCAAAUCAGUACAUGGAAUUGGUGGGCGGGUUGGUGAAUAAUAUCAGGGUGCUGGCGCACAAGGCGGCGGAGUUUCGUAGCUGA